GUCCUCGGCUCCAGUGCUUCAGCAUUGUCUCGAAAGCUCAAUGUAAACGUGCUGGAAGCAAGGCUAUCUGACUCGAGCCGACCUUGAUGACCACAAUACCCCGACUUCCAACUUACAGUGUGAUCUGCAUUAUCUCAAAGCGUCAAAGAGCCAGGAAUAUCCACUGUUCUUUGUGCUACCAAGCAUAAAACGGUGAGCCUGGUUUUGUACCGAAAGCAACAAAGGACAUUUUCCGGAUGCGGACAUAGGUAUGAACCUUAAGACUAGAAGGUUAUACAUACUUUCAAGAAGCGCUCUAUGCCAAUAGCACAACAAAAAUUGCUGGAAACUCACCAUGGCGCGCUAUGUGGAUGACGUCGAGGCAAGGGCAAUACAGAAGGAUGGCACUAGCCUUAACAGGAUUCGACUUCCGCCAAACCCAUCACCAAAUACACAAUGGAUCGGCGGCUACAAACUGGCCUCCGGAUCCAACGGUAUCGCAAACAUAUGGGUGUUGGUAGACAAUGACACCCGCAAGGCUAUCAACCAUGCUGUAAUCAAGGACGCCUUCGAGGGAAACGUCGCCAUCGCCGAGACAGGUCUCUACAAGGGCAUCUACAGAAAUCUCAGAGACAAAGGUCUUGACUUUGGCGCUGAUCCAGGAGCAGAAAUAGGACAUGCGCGACCUGAGUUUCGAUUCCAAAAAGAGGCCUACCUACAGGGAUUGAUGACGGAGCCUAAAGCGACUGAAGAGAUAUUUUCUAUCCCACUAUGGGGUUACUCGAGGCAGAAGCAGAAUUACAAGGACAUCUUUCCUUACCACUAUCACUGGAGAUUAUACAUGCCGUUGUAUGAUUACGGAGAUCUCGACACAAUCAUGAAAGCUCAUCGACACAAGAGGAAAGGCAUACCGGAACCCUUCAUUUGGCACUUUCUCUGUUGCAUGAUGAAGGCAGCCCGCCAGCUAGAAACACAAGCGCAGUCACAUGGAUUUGCUAGGGAAUCCGAUGUAAUAAUCCCGUUCGACAUGAAACCGAAGAACAUAUUCCUCGCUCCACCUGAUAGCAACUCAUCGUUCCCAGCAUAUCCUCGCCCUCACAUAGCGGAUCUUGGAGGCGGAUGCAUCACCCGCGACGGCGAUGUUGAGAACCAACAGCACAAACAACGGUGGGCUUACACACCUGGCUUUCUAGCUCCUGAGAUGUGGAGACCAUCCAGUGAUCCGCACCGUCGAGCUCCACCAAAUGGACGCAUCCUCCCAGAAGGAACUUUGCGCGGGACUCACACAACAGUCUGGCAAAUUGCACGAGUGGCCGAAAUGCUAGUGAAGCUGGAAAGACACCCACAAAACAUUGAUUACCAGAUCGGCUCUCCUGAUUGGAAAAUGAAACCGAAUGUUCUUACGGAUAUAGGACCUCAUCCUGGACAAAACUACUCGAUGACUUUGAGGAAGCUUGUGGACACAUGUUUGAAUUUCAGACCUGAAGCUCGAGGUACGCCUCAGCAAGUCUUGGAUUACAUUGAAGAUUACGGGCUUGCAGAGUGUCAGGGUAUGGAUACCUUUGGCAGUGAUAUGUGGUUUGUAGACCAACAGCACCUAAAGGAUACCGCGCCUCCUCCCCCUUACAGACUUGCACGACACGCUUUAGAUGCAGCGGAGAUAGAGAAAGCUAGACGGAUCGAACACGCAAGGCCAUAUUUACGUGCUUGGGGUCCGGAAAAGACACGGCAAUUCAUCGAUCUAGGGGGUUUGCCUCUUGAGAGUCUUGAGGUAGAGUAUAGUGGGAAUGCACAUUGGUGGAUCACAGACCCGCAGGAUUUGGUUGAUGACAAUGGAGGUCCGGUGAUUCCGUAUGAUAGAUUAUAAGGUCGGGUGGGAUUGAAUGUUCAAUAUUGAAUGUUUAAAUUUGAGCUGUUGGCAAACAUAUCAUCUGGUACUCUCGCGUGCACCG